AUGACCGUCUUGCCCCAUUUGAUUAGUGGGGUGAAACUUGAUAUGGAUGUUCACGUAUUAGAUUUAAAAGCAAGAUAUCCGGAUGCAAAACUAGUUGUGGGUAAUACAGAGGUGGGAAUUGAAAUGAGGCUCAAAAGUUACCAUUAUCCAGUUUUGAUCUCUGUUGCACAUGUUCCAGAACUGAAUCAGUUGAUUAUAAAGGAUGAAGGUCUGGAAAUAGGUGCUGCUGUUAAACUUUCAGAACUUGUGAAAGUACUAAAAACGGUUUUAGACCAGCAUCCUCCUUUUGAAACUUCAUCUUGUAGAGCCAUCAUUCAACAAAUAAAAUGGUUUGCUGGGACGCAAAUAAGAAAUGUUGCUUCUGUUGGAGGGAAUAUCUGUACUGCGAGUCCAAUAUCGGACUUGAACCCUCUUUGGAUGGCUGCUGGAGCGAAGUUUUGCAUCUCUGAUUGCAAGGGAAAUGUACGAACGUGCAUGGCUGAACACUUCUUCUUGGGUUACCGUAAAGUGGACAUGGCAAGUAAUGAAAUCCUACUCUCGGUUCUUCUCCCUUGGAACCGACCAAAUGAGUUUGUAAAAGAUUUUAAGCAAGCUCACAGGAGGGAUGAUGAUAUUGCCAUUGUGAAUGCUGGAAUGCGUGUUCAACUUGAAGAGAGGGAUCAGAAAUGGAUGGUUGCUGAUGCGUCGAUUGUUUUUGGUGGGGUUGCUCCUCUCUCUCUUUCUGCAUCUGAAACAAAGAAAUUUUUAAUAGGUAAAUGUUGGAAUAAGGAGCUAUUGCAGGGUGCUUUGAAAGUACUGGAGACAGACAUCCUACUGAAGGAAGAUGCACCGGGUGGGAUGGUUGAGUUCCGGAAGUCCUUAACACUGAGUUUCUUCUUUAAGUUUUUCUUGUGGGUUUGUCAUCAAAUGGAUGGACAGGCACUGUUUAAUGAGUCCAUACCAGUUUCCCAUCUUUCAGCUAUGCAAUCUUUUCAUCGUCCAUCGGUUAUAGGAAGUCAGGAUUACGAAAUUAUGAAACAUGGGAGUGCUGUGGGCGUUCCUGAAGUUCAUCUUUCAUCAAGACUUCAGGUUACAGGGGAGGCAGAGUACACCGAUGAUGUCCCCAUGCCUUCUAAUGUUUUACAUGCUGCUCUGAUAUUGAGCAAAAAGCCUCAUGCGCGUAUACUUUCCAUAGAUGAUUCAUCAGCCAAGUCUUCACCUGGGUUUGCAGGAAUAUUUUUUGCCAAGGACAUCACAGGUGACAAUAUGAUCGGGCCAGUUGUUGCAGAUGAGGAAGUUUUCGCUUCAGAGGUUGUCACUUCUGUUGGUCAGGUUAUUGGAGUAGUGGUUGCUGAUACACAUGAAAAUGCUAAAUGUGCUGCUAGAAAAGUUCAAGUUGAGUAUGAAGAGUUACCUGCAAUCUUAUCCAUAGAAGAAGCCUUGCAAUCUAGUAUUUUUCAUCCUCAGACUGAAAGGUGUUUGAGAAAAGGCAAUGUGGAACUCUGCUUCCAAUCUGGGCAGUGUGAUAAAAUCAUAGAGGGAAAGGUUCAGGUAGGAGGUCAAGAACAUUUCUACUUGGAGCCACAUAGUACAUUAAUAUGGACGCUAGAUGGGGGCAAUGAGGUGCAUAUGAUCUCAUCUACCCAAGCCCCUCAGAAGCACCAGAAGUAUGUAGCUCAUGUACUUGGUCUUCCAAUGUCUAAAGUGGUUUGCAAGACCAAAAGAAUUGGUGGUGGGUUUGGAGGAAAAGAGACAAGAUCAGCUUCUGUUGCUGCUGUUGCUGCCAUUCCAUCAUAUCUUCUGAAUCGUCCUGUCAAAAUUACACUGGAUAGGGAUAUAGACAUGAUGACCACUGGGCAACGCCAUAGCUUUCUUGGAAAGUACAAGGUUGGCUUUACAAAUGAUGGAAAAGUACUUGCAUUGGAUCUUGAAAUCUACAAUAAUGCUGGAAAUUCGCUUGAUCUCUCUCUUGCCAUACUUGAACGUGCUAUGUUCCACUCGGACAAUGUCUAUGAAAUUCCAAAUGUUAGAAUUAAUGGAAAGGUCUGCUUUACUAACUUUCCCAGUAACACUGCUUUUCGAGGAUUUGGUGGCCCUCAAGGUAUGCUUAUUACUGAAAAUUGGAUUCAAAGAAUUGCCAUGGAAGUGAAGAAAAAUCCAGAAGAAAUAAGGGAGAUCAAUUUUCAAAGUGAAGGAUCAGUCUUGCAUUAUGGUCAACAACUUGAACACUUCACCUUGAAACGUCUUUGGAAUGAGCUGAUGGCAUCCUGUGAAUUUUUGAAAACUCGCAAAGAAGUUGAACAUUUCAAUCUUCACAACCGGUGGAAGAAGCGGGGAAUUGCCGCUGUUCCUACAAAAUUUGGCAUUUCUUUUACGACAAAGUUCAUGAAUCAGGCGGGUGCUCUUGUUCAAGUCUACACAGAUGGAACUGUAUUAGUCACACACGGGGGAGUUGAGAUGGGCCAGGGUUUGCAUACAAAAGUUGCUCAGGUUGCUGCUUCUGCAUUUGACAUUCCUCUUAACUCUGUAUACAUAUCAGAAACGAGCACUGACAAGGUCCCAAAUGCAUCACCAACGGCAGCUUCUGCAAGUUCUGACAUGUAUGGAGCAGCAGUUUUAGAUGCGUGCAAACAAAUAAAAGCACGAAUGUCACCUGUUGCAUCAAAACAUAAUUUUGGUUCAUUUGCCGAGCUUGCAAAUGCAUGCUACAUGGAGCGAAUAGACCUAUCGGCACAUGGAUUUUUUAUUACACCUGAUAUUGGCUUUGAUUGGGGAACUGGAAAUGGGAAACCAUUCAGGUACUUCACUAUUGGGGCUGCAUUUUCUGAAGUCGAAAUUGACACACUUACUGGAGACUUUCACACAAGGCGAUCAGAUGUGAUUAUGGAUCUUGGAUUUUCUAUCAAUCCGGCAAUUGAUGUCGGACAGAUUGAAGGAGCAUUUGUACAAGGUCUUGGAUGGGUCACUUUGGAAGAGCUAAAAUGGGGUGAUGCUGCUCACAAAUGGAUACCGUCUGGUUGCUUGUACACUUGUGGGCCCGGUAGUUAUAAAAUUCCUUCAGUUAAUGACGUGCCCUUUAAAUUCAAUGUCUCUCUCCUGAAGGGUGCUCCGAAUGAUAAGGCCAUCCACUCAUCAAAAGCAGUAGGAGAGCCUCCAUUUUUUCUCGCUUCAUCUGUUUUCUUCGCCAUAAAAGAUGCCAUUAUUGCUGCACGGGCUGAAGUAGGUUGUACUGAUUGGUUUCCUCUCGAUAAUCCUGCAACACCUGAGCGUAUACGAAUGGCGUGUACAGAUGAAUUUAUCAAAGCUUUCGUGAACUCUGAUUUCCGUCCAAAGCUUAGCGUUUGAUUGUAGUGCCGCGAAACUCUUACCAUUUGAUUAGAAAAAUGAUUCUUUGUAUAUAUCUCCUGUGAAUUAGACCAUACUCAAUCUGUAACAAAUGGAAAUAUGUACUACAGUUCGUACGUAUGGCUGUGAAUUUAUAAGAAAAUUGCGAUUAUAAGAAGGCUCAGUUUUUGUGCCCAUUAUGUUAA